AUGGCCUAUUAUCAUUCGAAUCCAGACGACUUGCCAAUCCACGCAGAGCCGGAACAAGCUGCUCAAAUCCUCUCCGGUCAAGGAAACCGAAAACCCUCAUAUCCUCCCCAAAACCAAAACCAAAACCAAGGCGGAUACAAUACCAACCAGUACAAUAACCAAUACUCAAAUAACCAAUACGGUGCCCAUGGUGGUUACGGAGGAAAACCGCAGCCACCAAUCCCCCAACAGCAGCAGCAGCAGAUCCAUGGUCCCAGUAGAACAUACAGUCAUUCGUCACAUGGAGGCACACCGGGUCCCAUUCCUGGUGGAUUCCCCCAGUCACCACCACCUGGACAUAAUAACAAUACGGGAUUUGCUGCAGGUCUUCCUGCUAGACCUGGUAGCUCGAGACCUCCACCAACACCUGCACCACCACAAGGAGCCGAUCCAACAUUGUACCCGUUGUUCAAGGCGGUUGAUAAGGAUGGCAGCGGACAGUUAAGUGAGAAGGAACUACAGGCGGCUCUGGUUAACGGUGAUUGGACCUCUUUCGACCCACAUACUGUACGAAUGAUGAUCAGAAUGUUUGACACGGAUCGUGAUGGCACGAUUGGUUUCAAUGAAUUUUGUGGACUUUGGGGUUUCCUAGCCGCCUGGCGUGCCCUCUUUGACCGAUUUGACACCGACGGCAGCGGCAACAUCAGCUAUCAGGAGUAUUCUAACGCUCUUUCGGCAUUUGGUUACCGUCUCUCACCGCAAUUCGUCACAAUUCUAUUCAAAUCGUACGACAAGCGAGGGAAAAAUGCGAUAUCAUUCGAUUUGUUUGUUCAGUCGUGUAUUUCGCUAAAGAGAAUGACAGAAGUUUUUAAGAAGUACGACGAGGACAGAGAUGGAUAUAUUACACUGAGUUUUGAGCAGUUCUUGACGGGUGAGUUGCUGCUCAAUACUUUUUAUUUUGGAUGA